AUGCCUCCCAAAACUCCACGCAGAUCGCGACGACAGAACCAGGCCGCCCCAGUUCAAGCAUCCGACUACGACACCGAAGCUGUUGAGGUUCCAGCACUCCCAACGCGCACGCCAGCAGAAAUAAACUUCUCUGUCCUCCGCCGCUAUGUCCCAUCCCUCGAAAACAUAAUCUGCUACGCUCCCUCCGCACAACUCUACACCAUGCAACCCACCGGCACCUGGGACAAAGAGACCGGAGUCGAAGGCACGCUCUUCGUCUGCCAGCUAACGCCCUCACCUGUCACUGGCGGCGGUCGGCAUUGUAUCGUUGUGCUGAACCGGAAAGGCUUGGAGAAUCUGAUUGUGGAGUCGGGAGAGAUACAGCAUGUGGAGAUAGGUGCGGAUUCGUUCUUGAUGCUGGGAUUCAAACCGCGUGCGCAGAGUCACGAGGAGGAUAUGAAGGUUUUGGGAUUAUUCAUACAGGCUGAGUCGCCGCCGAAGGAGGAGAUCUGUCAGAUUAUUAAGGGGCAUUGGGAAGAGGCUGUUAGGGAACGAAGUCUUGCAGGUGGAGAUGAUGGGAUUACGAAUUUGGGAGAUGGGUUUAUACCGAGUAGGGGAGAGGAGGAAGAUCAGAAGAUUAUGGGAAGGAGGUUAAGCUUGUCGGAGUUGUUCGGAAAGCAUUGA